GUGUCUUUUUUAUGCUUUCAGAAGUCUUGAAUAUGUUACAUAUGUUUUUCAGGUUUUGCUUUGAGUUUCUUUCUGUUAAGGUUUCUAUUCUCAGAUCAUCUGAAGAAAAUGCUAAUGCUACCUUAUUAAACCUUUUCUCAAGUGCAUUGUGAACACUUUAAAUAAGCUAUAAGCCAAGUGCAAUAGUACAGGUAAAAGUGGUAAAAUCAUGUAGCUGGUAUCAGUUAGCAAUGGUGCUACUGGCUCUGCCCUCAGCAGAGCCAGUGUUCUACUCUGCAAAAGUGCAGGCAGGAAUAAAUCCAUAAAUUCUACUCAUACACCCCAAAUACGGGAUCUGCUGCCAUCCUUUUGUCAUGCCUCAAGAAUUUUUGAGGGUUCACAGCUGGUAUGACAACACAAAGAUCAUCUACUGUAGUUUCUUUAUUAACUCUUAUUUGGGAGACUUCUAAAUAUUAAGAAGAAGCAAACUGGUUCAGACCAGUGCUCCAUCGAGCACAGGAAUCUGCCUCUAACAAUAGCUCUAAGCAGAUACCCAAGGAAGAAAAAGAAUUGCAAUUACAUGUGAUGCUGCCUCCCCUGCUUCAGCUUCAUACUCUCCCAAUCUCUGACCGUUUUUAACUGUGAGAAAUUUGUGAGUGAGAGGUUUUUCUGUUAAAUAUUCUACUCUUAAAAGUACUUGUCCAGUCUCUCUUGAAAUAAUGUAAACUCUUAUACAAAUAAUAAUGUCUAUGGCAAGCAGUUCCUCAGAUCUACCAUAUCAUAUAUGAAGAAUCCCUCCUUUCAUCUUGAUUUGACCCUGACUCCCACAGGCUCCACUUUAUGGUCACCUAUUAUUUGCCUGUUCUGGAAGAGGCAUUCAACAGUGGAGCUCACUCUUCCUCACUCUCUCCCACUCUCCUCUCACCCAGCAACUUUCCCAUCUCAGGAGUUCAUCAACCUCUAUUCCAUAUCAGCCCCCAGCCAUUGACUACAGCAAUACCAGAACUAAAUAUUCUCCUCUCUUUCUUUUGCAUUUUAGUAAAUGGCAGGACUUUCCCUUUUAUUUCAUUGCUUCUUAGUUUUCUUAAAACCUUAAGUAACAGAUGUUGUCAGCAGCCUUAAUUAAAUCCAUCAAGACUACAGCAAUCGCUCUUUUCUACAUGUUUAUGAGGCAGCAAAUUCUGUCUGCAGAAGGUACACUAUAGGUCAGCUUUUCACAUGGUGACCUAUAUUAUAGUUCCUGCAAUUUUUUUAUGCAGAAGUAAGCUUUCUGGGUUGCCACAGAAUUAUUAUUUGUCAAAAUUGUCACGUUUGCUACCCUCUAGUCUCUAAAACUACUCCAAAAUCAAGUUAUACAUGGUCAUAGUGCUUCAUUAUAGAACUCUUCAGUGAAUACCAUUUAGUCCUGGUGCUUUGCUUGUCUUUGUUCUGUCUUAGUUAAGAUGAUUUUGACUAUCUGUUGUUAUUUUCACUUUGGACUGAUCCUCACUGAGUUCUCCAGAAAGGAUUCCUGCAUAAAGUUCUCCCCAGUUUCCUCAUCAAUGAAUACCGAUGCAAGAAGACUAACUUAUCUUUUAUGUAACAUCCAUGUCUCUUCUGAGCACUUACGUUUUACCUUGGCCCUCAACUGGCCCUCUAGCAAGCUUUUGCUCCUAGUUGAUGUGAAGAAGAGUGAUUUAGUAGUUUGGUUCCUUUGCCUAGUUGUUUCCCAAAUUCUUUUUGGCCUACGUAAUUGUAUUUUUGUGUUUCUCAGAGUUCAUGUUCCUUACCGUUAUCUUCUUUUGAAUGCAGUAUAGCUAUUUGUUGUGGUUCAGACUGUUUCUUUUUUUCAAGUCUGGUAUCCUUCAGCUUUUUCCUAGCACAUGUAAAGAUUUAAUUCUUUUAGCUCCCUCUCCUAAUUUGUUCUUAACAAGACUGACAUUGUUCCCUUACUGGAGUUUAGCACAUCUGCAGAGGAUUCUUUGGUCUUUUUUAAUCUUUAUAGAAAUACUGUUUUCAUAAAAUGGGGUUUUCAGCAUUCUGAAAACAGAUGUCGUGCGUUGUUCUCCAUCAAGCCAAGGACUGCACCUAGUCUUGAGGGUUCAUUCAGUGAAAAAUUAUUCCAUCUAAAUAACACCAGCUAAGAAUGGCAUCUGCUUCAUAUAGCAAUGUGUCAACCUACUGUUGUCAGUGGUACUGUCCUGGCUGGUGGUUUGCCAUGUAGAUCGAAUCCCAUGUUCUUCCCAGAUGGGCAUUGGAUUUUGACCCAGGCAGAUUAAGUGCUUCUCUCUGAGCUGACCAGUUUGCUAUGUUUGGAAACUGUUUAGCCUCUCUACUAUCUACUGUCUCUAUACCCUUUUAAGGUGAAUAGAGGAAGGGCCUUUCAUUAAAUUAAUUGAAAGAGAGAUCUGUCUUUCAAGAGGAGCUACUUUUAAAAGGAGCAACUUUGUUUUUAAAUCAAGUUCUGUCCUCUGUUUUAAACCUCCUCAGACUCUUAUCAUGACUUCGCAAUAUCACAGCCAUCUUUUAAAAAGAACUUUUUAGGGCAGAACAGUCAACCAGGUUAGUGUAAAACACCACAGAUAGUGUUGUUUUAUUUCUUCAUAAACUGAUCUCUCAAGGAGGAAAUGGACAUAGAUCACUGACUGGAAGAAGACCAUGCAACUCUGUAAACAAAGAUUAAGCACUGCAUUUGCCAAAGGAAAGCUUCCACUUGGAACAGUCAGGCUUCUUUUAGUUGUGCAUUCCUAGUAUUAGCUAAUUAGGCUGAUAUUUAGGGACCUAAAUAAGUGCAUACUGAUAUUUAAAAGUACCAAAAAUUCCUACCCUGGAUAGAGAUUCAAAAGCAUUUCAGUUACUCUGCAUCUUACUUAAUAAACUUACUUACUUACUUAAAGCUGGAUGCUUUGAGUUGCACAGUCAACACUUCAACACCAGCCUUCUGUAGAAAUGCAUUCUUACAUCAGAUAAAUGAUACACUACUUUGAACUGCUUUGCUAUGUCACUUGUAUCUAGAGCUGAUCUGAUAAUGAAGAAGCAUAUCAGAGAGGAAAACUCCAGUGAUGGAGGUUGGAAAGCUGUUCUGAAGAAGAUCCUGUAUAAUACUUUCUUAACAAAACAACAUGAGAGGCAGUUAUUCUGAAGGGUGGCUGUAAAAGUUAGAAAAAGGGGAAAUCUUUAAACUUCAGUUUUUGACACAUAGAGAAAGUCUCUUUCUUCUAUACUUACUUCACUUCCCAGAAAAUCAACUAAGCUCCAUGAAACUCAUUCUCAUGACCUUUUAAAAAUUAACAAUAAUGACCUACAAUUCUUGAAAAUUAAGAUGUCACUCAGACAUCCAAAACAAUUAUUUCAGACUUUUCAAAUGUUGACAGUCAAGGCACAAUAUGCAGAUACUGGAAAUAUAGUCAUAUACAUCUCAGGUCUUAUUUAAUUGUUUACUUUGCCUUCCUCAAAAAAGAACCGAUUCUUUAUUUUAUGGAUGUUUCAAAGGUCUUUAUCUGCAGAAAAUAAUUUGAGGAGAAGAUUUCUUAUGUUGAAAAAUAAUUAAUUGAAGCUGCCGUGUCACUUUUCCAGGAUUCUACAAAUAACUGCUAACUUCCAGACUAAAUAAAUCAAACAUAAAGAAAAGUGCACUUUUUUCUUUAAAUCUAGACAAUACUAUAGAAAAGUAAGGGUAAUGAUGAUACAGAAAACAUGAUGAAUUAGAAAAACAAAAGUAAAAGGUAUUUGAAUAUGUUAGGCAUGAAACUUCAUCUUAGACAUAGUAUUAACAUGUGAAACAUUUACAUUAGAUGGAAUUGAAAAUAAAAAUUAAUGUUUGAAGUGAUGAAAUUAGUUAAAUUAACUUUCAUUCUGUCAUCUAUCAUAUGAGCUGUAGAGGCACAUAGACUUAAAAUAUAGAUAUUACUUAUUGUGAUGAUUUUAAUCUAGUGUUGUUACAAUAAACAAUUAUGCAUACUAUUCAGAUUCUAUAAACACCCUAAUCAAAUUGGAAGUAUUACAAAGAAAAAAAUCUUGGGUCAUUUUUAAUAUUAGGCUCCUAAUAUCUACUCUGAGCAUCCUUCCCACUGAUGUACUAAUGCUAAGCAAACUUUAGUACCCUGAGAAACAUUAGGCUAAAGAUAACUCAGUAAAGAAAUGCCACAGGAAAAGAUUCAUGUAAAAUUUGAUGAUUGUUUUGUAAAUGGGUGCCUUCACUUGCUGAAACAGUGGCAGGGAGUCACAGGGAAGGGAGCGAGUGGAGCUGUGUUGCUGCUAAGAUGCCCUGGGAGCACAGGGAGCACCUGCAGCUCUGCAUCUCUCCUGGAGGGUUUGUCACAUUUACACACAGAAGGUCAUCAGACAGACCCAAGGGCAACAACACUUGCUAGUAGAAAAUGCUCAUUGAUUCCCUUGUUGCCCCUAAGUUACCUGAGGAAGAGCGGGAUGGGGAGGAAGGUGCUUCUCUCUUGCCUUAAAAGUAUGGUGGUUGUAGCAAAGACAAGCUGGCCCUGAAAGACAAAUCAAUUCACUUGGAACAGCAAGAGGUUUUUGCAAGGACACCCCCUUGCAAAAGAGCAAUGGCUUCUGGCAGCAGCCUGUAUGGAAACAUGGUGGGUAGAGGAGGAGCGGCAGCAACCAGAGUAUCACUUCCACCCCAUCAGCUGCUUUGCUUGGUUUUCUGCAUCCUUCCCCUUUGGCUGUCUGCCCCUGCACCACCCUUUCCUUCUUCUCUGCUAGCCUGGGGACAUGGGGAGCAGCUGCCCUGGUGCUCCCAGGGUGGAGGAGGCCCUGCAGGAGGGCCCUGUGGCCCUGCUGGGGGGCUGCAAACCAUCUCUGUCGUGGCCAUCGCCCCCACCAUCAGCCCUCUCUUCCUCCCUCCUCAGCAGCAGAAAAUGAACUGGGUUGGUGGCAGUCGGAGCAGAAUCAUAUUAAAGCAGGAAAGGAGAAAACAAAAGGAAUACUUUGAAAAAAAGAAACUUAAAUCAAAAAUGAAGCUUCUGGAAGUAUCAUCUCCUAAAAGUUCAGCAGUCAGUUUAGAUCUUCUUAAUCUCUAUGUGGUUAACCAGAUAUCAACCAAAAAAGACAACACCGAGAAUGUGAGGAAGCCAGUCCACGUGGAUAUCAUUGAAGAUGUAAAAAAACUUCCUGGGAGACACAACUUAGAGCUUCCCACGUCACCACUACAUACACAACAUAAGUCAAACCUAGAUGAUCUCCAGAACAGGUUACAAAAGCAAGUACUGGAAAGCAGAAGGCAGCAUCUCUCAGAGAAAGUAAAAUACCAGCAUAAUGGUUUUCAGUCCUCUAACUGUACACACCUUCCAGAAGAAAAGUUCAACACAAACCUAAUGGGUGACAUUUGGGAACAGACCUAUGAAGAGAAGCUGCAAAAGCAGCCAGGAAAUAGUCCUGAUCAAGACUCUUGGAAUACUAAACCUCCAAGCCAGUGCAUUUUCAGGAAGUCUGAUACAGUGCUUCAGGAACUGUUUGAACCAUUUCAUAGGCUAGACCCUAUGAAUUCUGCCAGGAAAAAUCCAGUCAUAAUGACCAGUAACGAAUCAGAAAACUGUGAGGGAAUAAAAGCACCGGUAUUUGAUUUUGUGAAAGAAACUGCAGAACUGAAAGCUCCCCAAGUUGGAAGCGGUUGUUCCUUUCUGGCACUGUUUGAAGAUGAGAGCCAACCAAUCCACAAUAAUCCUUCCACAAAGCAUUUUAAUCUUUUUGUUAACCAAAGCAGUACUGACAUUUUUUUCAUCCAUUCUGAUGUUAGAAAUCAAAUGACUGACAGAAAUUAUCCUUACAACACUAGAAAGGCUUAUCCUGCAAUCAAUAAAAAAAAAAGUUCUGUAGACAGACACCUUGAAGGCAUUUUCACAACUCCAGAACUCGUUUUUCUUAAAAGUAACAAUGACUCAAAUGCAAGCUACAAGGAAACCAGUGGACUUCAUAAAACCAACCUGCAGAACUUCAAUGAGGGACAGCACUACUUCAUACCCUGUGAAAAGAAAGAAAAACAUGCAAACCUUGAAAAAAUUGAGACAUUUGCUUAUCAUCAUGAUCAGCAGAUUAACUUAAAGGAGAAUGUGCAGAAUUAUUCAAGAAAAAAAAGGGAUGAUGAGUCCAUGAAAGAAACAGCCUGGAGACAGAACCAGCUCUUUGGAUUUGAAGAGUUUACAAUAGCACGAGAGAAAGAGUCUAAGUUUGGAGCAAGUUCAAAUCUUCAUGAGAUGGAGAAAAAUAUGGAGUCACCACUCAGCAGCCAGUCUUACAGUUACUCUCCAAGGCAGACCGAGAGCUAUUUGAGCUGUAGUCCUGACACAUGUGAAGAGGAAGACACAGCCAAAAAGGCAGAAUAUCUGAAUGAACAGUCUUUGAAGACACAUGAUGCCAACCUCUUAGCAAGCAGAGAGGCCCCCAAGAGCUUCCACACCAGAACUGUGCCUCUCCAGCCCAGCAGUAAUUUGGCUAGAGAAGAAGCAAACAUUCUUCAGGAUAAAGGCUUAAUUUUUUGCACCAUAGAGGACAAAAAUAAAAACCACGCUGCCCCAUCCGAGGGCAGCUCAUCACACGGAGCCCUUAAGAGAGAGCACGUCACUCGCAGCACCAGGUGUGAUGUUUGGUCGCAGACUGAGCGCUCUGUGACAGAAGUAGAGAAGGCGGAUGUGGCCACUCAGUGUGGCACCCUGCGGGUGUGCAACUGUGGGGGCUCCCUGCCCGCAGCCCGCAGCCCAGUCGGGAUCCCUCCUCCCCGCACCGCCGGCUCCGCGGGAAAAGACGAACAGCCAGCGCAGGAGAUCCCGCAGCCCGCGGGCGCCGGCAGCACGGCCGGGACUGCUGCCCUUCCUUCUGAAACCGAGUACCUGAGUUUGGCUGGCAAAAGGACUCUGGAGGUGCUGAACUACAUUGAUAAAAUGAAGGAGAGAGAUAAGCAGUGGCCAACUUGAAUGGCAUGGGGGGAACUCAGAAGUUUUGUUCUGUUCUCAGUGUGUUUCAUUCACUUGGCAUGUUUUGAUUUUUCUAGCCUGGUUGGACAAAAAAUAUUUUUGCUGUUUGUUUGCUUUAAACUAUUAAUACCUAUGGAUUUCUGUCUAACUACUGGUAUCUCUAAAUAUGGGUUUCUAUAAAUAUCCAACUGUUAACAUAUGAUUUUACAAUACCCUAGUAAAUAUAAGCAUUAGGAAUUAGAUUGGCUUUCUCAGCAUAUAUCCAUAGGAUUCUGUAGUUUGAGAUUGACUUUGCUUCUUUUAACGUAGUGGAAAGAUGCUGUUUCACUUCAAAACAUUUUUGAUGUGGGUCUUAGUUCAGAGCUAUUUUCUGGUUCUUAUCCAUUUUAACAGACAAACUUGCCUUUUCUGUGUGUUCAUACUAAAUACAAAAAUGGAAAACAACAGAAAAUGUACAUCUGCACACAUAGAAUAGAAUGUAAUUUAAAAAGAACUAAUUUAUUAUUUUAAAAAAAUGCUGAGUUUUCCUUCCACAGCAGAUCUAUUGAGACACUCUCUGGCUGUUAAUACUAACAAAUCUUUCAUGUGUUUCUGUAUUCUGUCUGCAAAUUAAAAAUUUGAACUACUUUCCUCUUCAGUAUUUAUGUGAAGUCACAAAUCACAACAAAAUAAAAGUUUCUGAUAAUA